UUGCCAAGAUUAAUUGCUACCCAGUGUUGUGCGCAAUUUGCGGCCACGCGCGAUGUGCUAAGAGGUAGAACAACGGUGGGCUACGAGAGGAUGAGAAAGUGGCCUCUCCAAACUAAGUUAAUUAACGAUAUGAGCGGACGGGUGUUCGAGAAGUGA